GAAAACCUCAGUUAACAUUCAGCACUCACACUAGAUGGUAUCUAGUGUAGCAAGUCUUUAGAUCCAGCGACAACAUUAUUGAAAAUGGAAAAGCCUCCUGUUCCUGCACCUAGAAAAAGGAGAGAAAACUUGGUAAAGCAAAAAGACAUAUGUUCAGAGGAAUUCUCAGAUGAUACGCCCAUGACCCAAAUUAAGAAGCCACCACCAGUUCCACCUAAAGUCCUCAAAAUUGUCCGAGCAGGUGGGCAAGCUCUACCUGGCAUGGUGCGUUCCUACUCUCAGCCUGAAUAUGUUGGAAAGAAUAGAGGACAGGACUUAACUGUGGAGGAGAAUAAUGCAGCGGAUGGCAUCCGAUCCCUGACACUGCAGAGUACAAGUCAAACUUCAGGCGAAUCCAAUGAUCAGAGAAAGAAUACAAGUGCUAGAAAUAAUGUAUCGACUCAGCAGAAUUGGAUUAUGGAUUCUCAAAUGUUAUAUCAGAGAAGUGUUUCUCUUCCGGCGCAGAGCUCAUCUCAGAGACAGCAGGAUAAAGAGGACAAUGAAGACAUUAUGGGGUGGUGGCACUCAGAGGAACCCUGGAAGAAUUAUACUGACACAAAGGAAGAUGAUGCAAAAACAUUCACACGAAAAGCCAAAAAUCUAAAAAAAGCUCUUAAAGUAUAUGAUCACCUAAUUUGUGAUCAAGGAGCAAAUCUGCAGGGUCACAUUAUAGCACUAAAUGAUGUGGCCGAUAGCAUUGACAAGGUCCAUAAGGGGGUGAAGAUAGCAGGUAUUACCGGAGGCACUGCAGGUGCAGUAGGAAUUGCAGCUGCUGUUGGAGGUGUCAUACUUGCCCCAGUGACUGGGGGGGUUUCAUUAGCAGUGACUGCAGUUGGAGUUGGAGUUGCAGCAGCCGGAGGAGUCACUGGAGCCUCAGCUGCCAUCACCAACAAAGUCCACACCAACAUGGACAGGAAGAAGGUGGAAACAAUCCUGCAAGACCACUGUACACAGAUAGAGAAAUUUGAGAAAUGUGUUACCUUUAUUGGUGCACAUAUCGAUGAUCUGAAAAAAUACAAUCUGUCUACAUUGAAAGGGGUGGAUUGGACAUCAUUGAAGAUGGCUAGAAUAGCACAUAAAUUAGGAGACAGUGUGGGAGCAAUCGGUGCAGUCAGCAAGUCCUCAGGUCUGAUCCAAGGCUUUGCGCUCGGCAUGGACAUGUACUUCAACAAAGAAGACUCCAAGCAACUGAAGAAAGGCUCAGAAACCAAAUUUGCCAAGCAAAUCCGCAAGAUCUCAAAGCAAAUGGAGACCAGCCUUGAUCAGCUGAUGGCAUUUAAAACAACGAUGAAUUCUGAUGACAUAUAAAAACCCAGUUUGUUCCUUUAUUUUAUCUGUCUGGGGUGUUUGCAGAUUAUUAUUAUUAUUAUUAUUAUUAUUAUUAUUAUUAUUAUUACCAUGAAUGCCAACUUCCAGCUAUUUAAAUAACUAGUUAUUAAAAAGAGAGAUAAGAUAUUUUAAAUUCCGUGUGGUGAUGAAGGCAUACAGGGAAAUUUUAUUUUGAGGCCAAACCUGACAGAAAAAAAUGCACUAAAAAAAUUGAGUAACAAUAUAGACAAUGUAAAACUACAUUUAUGUAUUAAAAUGUUUAUUAAAAUGUUUAAAAGGGAAUGUUGUUUUAAACCUGUGAACUUAAAUGAACAUCAUACUAUCAUGUAAAAAAGCAACUUUCAUUACUUAUAUAAAAUUGCUAUAACCCAGUACACAUCAUUUCUGUUCAUUUGCACUCCUGACUAUGCACCUGACUAUUGCUACGAAGUUUGCUCAUGAAUUAAUCAGAAAGAAAUAAAUGGGAACCAAAACCAGCAUUGUUGGCUCUUGUUAUUUGGUAUUGUAUGACAAAUAAUUUUACAUUUGUUGUGAUAAAUCUUGUGUCUGACUAUAAAAAGAAAUACUACUAUAC